GGUCUGAUCUUUAUCUCGUCGUCGCUGCAGGUGCUCGGGGGUGAUGUCGACGCUGUAGAAGAAAGUCUCCGUCCCCCGGCUGUCGUAUUUAUCGGUCCAACAGUGCGCAUUACCUCAAGCAUUGCAUCCUUGACCUUGACGAUCACCGUGCAAGAUUGUCUUACGCGAAUUGCUGUAAGGAUCGAGGUGAGAACGAAGCUACUGCCCCCGUGGAGCCAGGCAAAAGUCUCCCUCUUGAAGCUUUCUUGACAGUACUAUAUAUUCGUCGGUUGUUGACGUUAAAACAUUGAAGACGUUGAUGGUUCUUAGCAAGAAUCGUCGGCUACAUCGAUCAUGAUUACUCGAUUCUCCAUCGUCACCUUGAUAUUCUUUAUCCUUUCUAUCACCUUUGUGAUAUACCCCGUCUCGUUCACCCUUCGUAUACCUUAUCUUGGUCGCAGAAAAAUUCCCAUAAAUCUCGCCACUGCGCCCAUCCUUGCUAUCGCAAUCCUAUGGGCAUCUCAGUGUCUGGGGGCAACACAGAUUCGCGAUGGAAUCGUUGGAACUGAUGGCGUCAAGCCGUACAACAUCCUUAUUCUGUUCUUCUCCCUUGCCUACAUGGCCAUUACGCUCGACAUAUCAGGACUUCUUCAAGCCGCUGCGUUUUGGGUCAGUAACAAAGGCGGAUCCAGUGGCUGGAAGCUUUUCUUUUACUUUUACAUAAUGCUCACGCUCACGAGUGUUAUCGUGGGCAACGACCCCGUCAUUCUUUCCGGCACCGUCUUCUUGGUGUAUUAUACAACAGCUACCGGGUUGGAACCUAUGCCAUGGCUCAUAUCCGAGUUCGCUGCAGCCAAUACAGCGAGCAUGGUCUUAUUCGUCGGUAACCCAACCAACGUCGUUAUUUGCGAGGGCUUCAACAUCAUCAACGCAGCCUUCACAGUAUAUACUAUACUGCCGUUCUUGGGCUGCAGUGUCUUCUGCUUCAUUGCCUUGGCAUUCCAGUUCAGGAACGCUAGGCACGUUCCCCGAAAAUUACCAACUAUUGGCCACCUUAACGUUCGCGGAGUUUUACGUGACCCCUUUGGGGCGCUCGCGGGGAGUUUGAUUCUGGGAUCAUGCCUUAUCAUCAUCAUUGUCGUCAGUUUCUUCCACAUUGAUGUAUGGAAAAUUAGUCUCCCGUUCGCAGGCGUCAAACUUAUAUUCGACUUUGUAUGGGAUCAUAUCCGGUCCGUUAGAAAGUGCAGGCUUUCCGGAGACACACAGAAAUCAGGAUUAUCAGGUGCACAGCCAGUGGAGGAUGUUGAUGCUGACCCGAUGCUGUCGGAACUUAGGCGCGCUAUGUCAAAGUCUAGCGAAACCGGAAAUGUCGAACGUAAUAACACAUUCACUUCCGGGGAUCCUACUCUGAUAAAUAGCCCAAACUUGGAUGGUAGCCGCAGGGAAGAUACCGUUCCAUCGUCCGAGUCAUACAUCGAGACCCAAAAUACCCAUAGCCCCAAGCUUGAGGAGCCCCGGUUGGAGCAAUUCGCAAGUCAGCGACCCCGCUUCCACGCCACCCAUCGAAGACUCGCGGCCCAUUUCCCAACCUUCUUCACAGCCCUACCGCGUUUGCCUUUCGGGCUUGUACCUUUCGCCUUUUCCCAAUUCAUCCUUAUUGAAGCUCUUCAACAUCAAGGCUGGAUAGAAGUUUUUGCAAACUGGCUUGUUCGUGCCUCUCACCGUUCCAUCCAUUCCUCCAUCUGGCUCGUUGGUGUCCUGGGAGUUAUACUAUGCAAUUGCUCAGGAACGAACAUUGGGGCAACCAUACUUCUAACAAAGGUCGUUCGUGCUGCGGACCUCCCUCCAGACAGUACCCGCGCAGCGGGAAUCGCGCUAGCAGUUGCCAGCAACAUCGGUGCAGUUAGCUUCACUUUUUCGGCCAGUUUGGCUGGUCUGUUGUGGACGACGAUAUUAGGGCAAAAGGAUAUUCAUAUCAAGCAGAGAGAGUUUGCCUUUUGGAAUCUGCUCCCUAUCUUAGUCAUGACGGCGGUAGGAUUGGGGAUUGUCUCCGCCGAGAUGGCCGUUUUAUAUUGAGUCUCGUGUUUGUACACGAAGGCUAUUCAUGUAGUGCUUGCCUUACCUAUCCAUCUCCGGGAACCGGCAGGUAGAAAAAAUGACUUUAAUCAACUUCGCUUCCACUGGUUCUGGGGGCGUCCGCGUCCGAAUGGUGUGGCGAACGAUCAUAUGUGGCGGUUGAUUUCCGGAUAGUCGGAC